UGGUAGUGCUUCCCUUAUUUACAGCGUGUCUGUGCCAUCAUAAUCAAGUCUAGUUUUUGUUAAGGUUGUCAAGUUUUGCCACAUAGUCAUCAGACCCCGUUACAUGUUUUUGGAACUCGAUUGGAGCCUAGCGAAUUUGUGCCUCACCCUUGUCGGACUGCUAAACCGUGGAAUAAAGCCACGCCUGAUAUCAUGCCCUCGUCCCGGAGUCCUGCAUUUGGGUCUAGCCCCGUGCGUCGUGCUUGUGACUCAUAAGUCUGAUUUUUGUUCUUCAUUUUGUGAAGAAAAGUUAAGGGAUUGUGAUCCGUAGUAACUUCAGUGGGAAACAUGGUAGUGCCUAAGUACACCUCAAAAUGCUGCAAAGCUAAUAAAAGACCCAAAGUGUCAUUUUCAAUGGUUGAAUAAUGUCUUUGGUGCUUAUCAAACUUUUUGGAAAAGUAACACACCAGACGAUCAAGACCUGAGUCAUCUUCUUGCAUCAGGACAUCACCUGCAUCAAUUUACAAUUUAAAUGCUUUCUCAAAGUUUGGUGCCUGCAACACUGGAGAAUUAUGGCUUUGACUUUUUCAAAUGCAGCUUGACAGCUGCUAUCUCAACGAAAUUUAGUCUAAAGUCUUGGAAGAAAUGUCUUUCGACGUGUAAUGAAUCCAGAAAUAUCCAAAAGAUGAGUGGCAGAAUGCAGAGCCGUUAUUUAAGUAAGAGGCCGUCUAAAAACCAGCACUUCCCGAACGUUCGACAAAGAUCCGCGUCAGAUGACGUAAUAAAGAAAAAUAAUGAAUGCAAUACAAUGUUAUACAUAACAGAUACACAUAUAUGCAGACCUGCUUCACUUCCAUCACUUCUGAUUCCUCCUUUGCCGUCCCAUUCUGCCUGUCGAGCAGAAACCUACGACUGUACCUCUGUAUCAGAGUGGACUUGGAAAUGAUUCAUUCUUUGAGCAAGCCCGGUGCUGAAGCGUUGGAGUCGGCUGGGACUGGAAACGGAGGCGUUCUGUGCAGUCUUGACGUUUCAAUUGAGACACCCAGCUGUUGCAGUGCAGAAGAGCCGGUCAAAUUUUCAGAAUAAAAGACACUGACGCCCAAAUUGCAAUACAACAAAAAUGAUGUGAAUUGGUAAUUCUUUCUCUGUGGCCCAGUAUCAAAUGCCUCACUCCCCGGUACCGAUCUGCGGAACGGUGGUUGGGGACCACUGCUCUAGAAUAAAGUAUCUUGUAAUCAGCCCCUAAAUGUUUGUUUUGCUUAGCAACAUGAAAUUUGGUAGACAUGUUUGGAAUGGGUCGAUCCACAAAGUCUUUUAGUUUGAGACAUUUUAGCCCCCCCCAAAAAAAUGGCGCAUUUCUGAAGCCCAUUUUGCUUGGCAACAUGACAUUUGCUAGACAUGUCAUUCAUGAGUCAAUUCAAUUAAAAAAAAAAAACGCAAGAAGCCAUUGGCAAAGACAGAAAUUCUUCCAUUUUUUUGUGCCUGAAGUGGACAUUUUAACCCAAAGAUGGCCUUAAUUAGCACCCCCUGCAUUGACUGGAAAAUUCAGCUUUUGCUGAGCAACAUGAUAUUUGGUGGACUUGUCGUUCAGGAAGAGACUCAUACAUGAAACGCAAUCGGAUUAACAUUUUGUCUUGCAGCCGACUUCGUGAGGAUCAGCCGCUCAGAAAAUGAACGGCUGAAUGAUCUUAGUAGCAAUUACUGAUUGCUGUGCUGUAAUUGGCUUCUUUACACUUACUUUGAGUUGACUCCUGAAUGAACAAACAAAUGAAGAAGAAGAAUCGUCUUCGUUUGUAAUUCCAUUGUAACGUCUUAAAUCCAACGAAAAAGAGCAAUCCCUACAGCGACAAAGAGCCAGAACGUUUUAGUGGCUGCAAGUGACAAGGAACACUCGGCCAAUUUCUUGCUGCAUUUUUAUCGCAGCCUUCAAGUCUUUAUUACUAUUUUUAUCUCCCACUGCAUAAAGUCCCCUUUAUCUCGGCACUCCGGUUUGCAAGCGGCACUUUGCGUUCCAUCUGCAAACUAUAGUGGGGCGUGAGACGGGAUGCUGGGGUGCAUUAUGGGAGCUCUUUCACCAGGCACAACGCGUGUGUCUCUGUGUGUCAUGUAGAAAGCUUAGUGCAUGGGAGGAGCCAAAGGCCGGGAACCCCCACCCCACCCCCACACCCGCACCCAGGGGUCAACCACAUGCUCCUCUUUGUUAUGAUGCUGGACUCUCAAGACACUCUUGCUAUGCGUGCGUUUGUUGACUCUUAAACGUAUGAAACAUACCAGUUGUUGCUUUCCAUCCAUCCAUCCAUCCAUUUUGUGGCCGCUUAUCCUCACGAGGGUCGCGGGGAGUGCUGGAGCUGUCAACGGGCAGGAGGCCGGGUAUACCCGGAGCCGGUUGCCAGCCAAUCUCAAGGCACAUCGAGAUAAACAGCCGCACUCACAAUCACACCUAGGGGCAAUUUAGAGUGUCCAAUUAGUGUUGCAUGUUUUUGGAAUGUGGGAGGAAACCGGAGUGCCCGGAGGGAACUCACGCAGUCACCGGGGAGAACAUGCAAACUCCAAACAGGCGGGUCCGGGAUUGAACCGGGACCUCAGAACUGUGAAGCCAACGCUUUACCAACUGACCCACUGUGCCGCCCUUGUUGCUUUGCGUUUUGCGCUUAUUCUACGUUAAGCUCCAUAAGAACGGGGGCUGCAUCUGCAGCAGUCUGAGUGGAGACCCCCACCAGGGUUCAGUUCUGAACUCCAGUGAUUUAUGUUCUCUGGGUUCGGCUUGCAAGGGGGGCCGGCGGUGCUCUCGUCGUACAAGACAAGGUCGAGGUCCCACAGUCCUUGUGUGUGACGUCAUCAAACCUCAAACAUCGAUGUCACAAAUGUGAUGAUAAACUCGUCCGUCUGGUAGACGGGUUUCGGAUUUGGUAGAAAUCACACAAAAUCUCCAGGGGAUAAGUUUUCAAGAGCCUUGGAAAUGGCCAAAAAUCGAUCCUCUUGGUUGAAUUCAAUGUGUCAAACUUCUUGUGAGACUUUUUGUGGGUCUUCUCGUGAUGAUUGACAUGCCUACCAAAUCUCAUGUUGCGAAUUUUUGGGAUGAAGAGUUUCCAAAAAUGACCAAACGCACCCACGUCCAACCAUAAUGGCUGACUUCCUGUGUCUUUUCAUGGACAGGUUCUUAUUGAAUCUUUUUUUGGGGGUCUCGUUAAGAUGGAUAUGUCUAUCAAAUUCUGAAAUCUCAGUAAGCAGCAUGUCAGCCAUUUUAGUUUGAAGCAGACAUUUAAUCUGAAAAUCAGUUUGGCAGCCCCAUUUUUGGUUGAAAGUUCAACCCCUUGAGCCAAUUAGGAUUUCAAAACAAUUUGGUAGGCUUGUCUCUCAAGAGUAGAGCCACUGAAAUGUUUCAAGAGGCAAGUGUGCGAUCUUGCCUUUGUAGCUGACACUUUUCCUUUUUCUUUCAUUUUGGCCAUUUCCAGGGUCUUCAAAAACAAAUUUCUCAAGAGUUUAAAAAAAUUCAGCCCCCGAAUGCAGCGUCACUUGGCAGCCGUGUCUCACUUUAAUUGUCCAAGAAUCCUGUCCCGAAAGUAGACAGGAAGUGUGUGAUUUUUGUUUGAAGUGGCCACUUUACGUUGGCUGAAUUCCCAAAAAUCAUUGCGUGUGGGCGGAGCCUGUCUACAAAGUCUGACGGUUCGCCACAAAAAGCGAGCGUCCAUUAUUGCUGCUUGAUUUUUCCCAAACGCCUGGGAUGAGCACAAAGCAGAAGCUGGAGGGUCAAGUGAAGUAAUGAUGUGAGUUGGGGAAGGGGGGGGGGGUGUUCAGUGAAAGGAAGGAUGAAAGGAGGUCCCCCCACCCUCACCUACUCCCCUCGCCUCCCUCCCUCCUUUGACGUCAUUGGCCAAAAGACACAAAACAAGCCUCUCGCCGCCGAGCUCCUCAUUCCACGUUCACUUGUGCACGUUCGGCGCCACGCUCGCUUCUACUGGACCAAAGCGCCACCUUCCGAGGCCCCCCCCCCAUGCACACCAACACCACUCGGGACCAAUUCCACUCGGACAUUCCUCAGAUGUGACAGAGUUGAGCAAUCUCAGUCCCGGCGCUCAUCUGGGACAACAAUACCCCCCACUGGAAGUAGCGAGGGUGGGCUUUGCUCCCGGCUGUCACACUGACCCGCCCGGGUGAGUGAGGCGCUCCGCAGCGGACCUCAGGACCUGGACAGCUCCCGGCCGCAUUCCCAUGCACGCUGCGACGUCCUCGAAAUGAUGCGGACGGCGCCGGUGGCGGCGGAGUCGCUUGAGAACGCCGCCACGCUGCAUCAGAAGCAGCUCUUUGAGAAGUUCUGGAAGGGGACCUUCAAGGCCGUCGCCACGCCGAGGCCGGAGAGCGUCAUCGUGGCCAGCAUCAUCGCGCGCACAAGGCUGCCCCGUCCCGAGGCCAAGGCCGACCGAACGCCAGGUGACCACCAGAUGGAGGACACGCCCCCUGACCCCAAGCCAUGUGACGACAGCAACACGAGGAAGGGGGCGGCCGCCGACUCCGCGGCGCCCCCGAUCGGCAGGAAGAAACACAAACGCCAUCGCCAUCACCGCCACCGCCGCCGGGCCGAGAGCGCUUCCUUUGAUGAGGAGUCACCGUCCCUCAAAGCCAAGAAGAAGAAGAAGAAGAAGCGGAAGUCAGAGCGCAAAAGUUCGAGGAGGAGGGUGCCCUCCUGCAGCCUCUCUCCGCUGAGGAAGAGGAAAAAGAAGAAGAAGAAGAUGAAGAAAAGAUCCAAGAAGAACAAGCGGCAUCGGUAUACCUCCAAAAAGUCCAAACACGGCUCCUCCGGUUUGAAGCGCAAGAAAAAGGAGCAGCGCAAAGGCAAGAAAAGCUCUCGGACGACGAGCUCGCGCGGGAAGCGGCGCCGCGGGAGGUCGGCGUCGGACCGCCCCCCGGCCACGGACCGCAGGCAGCCGGCGUACAAAAAGGAAACGCGUCCGACGUCGGAGGCCAAGUGGACGAGUGGCGGCAGCGGCGGCGCUGCCAAAUCAGUCAAAACGCCCUCGGUCCUCCGCGCCGCCUCCAUGUUUUCGCCUGAGCUUUUCCGAAGACGAGCGUUUCGCCGGGCCCAGCGCUCGCACGACUGCGACUCCGGGAACGACACGUCGUCGCCGCCAUCCGGCAAGUCGAGCGUGAGCGACGGGCCGCGGCCGCUUGCCGAUGACGCCUCCGACUCGGGGAACUCUCUGAGGAGUUACGCAUCCGGUGUGGAAGACGACUCCAGCGCCAGCGCGUUUCUCACGAGAGAACAUGAGGCUUUGGGAUAUCGGUUCAAUCCAGCAAGAUCUCCUCGGACCUCCUCCAGGGGGCAACCUCGCAACGACUGCCGUCACAGACGCGGGAGGAGCAGAUCGUCGGGAAGCUCCAGAUAUACGGGACAACACUCCCCAAGCUCGUCGCCGUCAACCGCCAGCUCCUACUCUCGCUCGACGAGCUUUUCACCAGACCUGAGGCGGCGACGGGGCAGGUUGAGUAGUGUGAGCUCCCGAGGAAGCUACUCCAAAUACAGACAACGAAGGUUGCGAUCCAGAGAGCGAGCAUCCAGCUCCAGAGAAACAGAAGAGCGCAGGGUCGGCAGGAAGAGGUGGAGACGCAAGUCCUACUCGCCCAUGAGGAAGAGGAGGAGGUACUCGCCCAGCCAUCUGGAAGCCCGACGGAUAACCAGCGCCCGCAAGAGGCCCGUCCCGUACCUCCGACGCAGCUCGUCCUCACGGUCUUCGUCCCGCGGGGGCUUCAGCCGCGCAUCGUCGUGGAGUUUCGGGGCAGCCCGCCGUAGCGUCAGCAGGUGUUAGUUGCACCCCCACACACCCCCGCACCCCACAAAAAAAAAUAUCCAGCCUCAUUUCCUGGCCGUUGAUUAUUAGCUGUGGCACCCGAGACAAAUCCAUCUUGUUGCUGCUUUUUAUUUUUUUUUAUUUUUGAGGGGAAACUCUUCUUUCCCCAUCCAAAGUCCUUUUCAGGGAUUUGUUCUUUUGCUUUUAAACAGUUGAGGAAGUUUAGAGGGCAUCAAGUUCAAAAUGUGAGAAUAUUUCCAAAUAAAACAAACCUAAAUGUUUGCUCAUUGAAUAUUUCAUCUUUGCCGAGCAUUCAAUUGAAUCCGGGUCGAUGAGAUUUUCAAAUCAUUCGUUUUUUUUGUUUAACUUUUCCAAAAUGUCGCUGCGUUGUUGCUGUUGGGGUUUGUUUGUCGUUGGCUAAACUGAAAGAAUUAAUCGACCGCCCGCUUCGGUCGGGUCUGCUGUCUCCAGUGGCGAAUGUCAAAUGAAAGCUAGUGCAAACAAUCCAAAAAUCAGAAGCGCAACAUCACUGCAAUGGAUUUCAAAAUUGGUUUCAACUCAUAAAUGAAGCAUCUGAAUACGAUUGAAUAUUAAUGUAGUGUCUCCAAGUGCAGACGGACAUAUGUACGGCUUAUUUCAAUAUUUAUUGCUUUGUUGGAGUGGUCAAUCUCUCUAUGCAACAUCUCCUUUUUGUUACCACGCGCGCAGUGUAAAUAAUUCAUGUGCUUGUCUAAAAAAAAAAAAAAAAAAAAAAAAAUAAUCAAAGAAAAAGUUGGCCUUUUGUUUUAUUUAAAAAGAGGAUGAUGAAUAGUCCACAAGACCAUAGUCCAUCCACAAGAGCCGCCAAGCUACUAGCUUUGCCGGUAAGUGGAUCCACUCCGCUACCGUUAGCAUAGCAGCCAGUGGACUAUUUUUUGGCUUGUGUGUAAACGUUCUCGUUUCCCCAAAAAAAUUAUAAAUAAUCAUUCGACUUUUUGGAGGUUUUUUUUUUUUUUUGCUUGAAGUUGUGUAAAAAUAUCAAAUGCCUGCCAAGUUACAGGGUUAGCGUGUAAGUAAAAUGUCUUCGUGAGGGUUAGAACAACAUCAGAGAGGCUAUUUGUUAGCUUGUAUGCUAACCUUUUUCUAGCCUUUGGCAUUUGAUUUGUUUACUUUCUUGCAGGGAGUUUUGUGACAAUACAGGAUAGCUACCUUUCCACUACCGUUAGUGGUUUAGAAGAAUUCUUUUGUGCUUAUUUGGGAUAGUUGUUACGAGGCUAAUCUCCGCGCUAACCUUUUGGAGUCUGAAAAAUAAGGAAAUGUAUAAUUUCACAUUAUUUUUGCUCUUUUGCCUGAAGGUAUGCGAGAAUGAUGACUUGCCUUAAGGUGCUAUCUGAGCAUGUAAGUAAAACAUCAAUGCUAGGAUUAGCACAGCAUCCAGUAGGCAAAUCUGUUAAUCUUUGUUUCCCGAAAAGCACAAAAAAACCCUGAAAAAUGUGACAUUUAUUUUUGGACUUGCCUGGCAUUAAUUACGUGAGAAUACCUUUUGGGUACCAACGAGGAAAUCUGUUACAGUAUCUUCCACGCUUUUGUAGCUGUGAAAAUGUGUUGUUGUUUUUUUUAGUUGAGCUCAUCUUAACGGCGACCAAAUAAUGAUGAGUACAUUUUUAUUUUGUCGCUUUGCUGUUGCCGGCUGUAGUGUCACUUUUGUGCUAAGAUAAGCGAAGCAAGCUAAUGAUGCGCUACGGCGCGGUGUCCUUGUCAAGCAUUUCAACUUCAUCUUAAUACAAUCUGAAAAUGACUUUCUGUUGUCAUGUUUCACUGGAUGUCAAACGUCAAAAUAAUUGUGGUGUAAAAUUGCCGGGAGUUGAUAAUAAUAUUAUUAAUCAGAGAUAUGAUUGUACAGAGGAGUUUUGUCGCACGGUCCUGUGAUGUAGAUAUGAAUCUGUAUGUGGUCUUGUACUGUAAAUAUGCAAAAUCUGUGCCAUAUGGAUUUUUUAUGUUUUGGAAUGAUGUGACAAAAAAAUAUAGAAAUGUUUGUGUUUGUACGAGGCAGUUUUUGGAGCACAAUGAAGGAAGUGAAACCGUUUGUUGAAAAUUGGCAAUAAUUUCCCAAUAAAACUC